AAUGUGAAACUUAAAAUAUAUCAAUAAUGGGAACAUUAAAAAACUUAAGGAAGAAAUGUGAGUGGCAUAAUAGUUCAGGAUAAGAACCGAGACAGCUACUCCACUUGGCGUUCACAUUUAAUAACGCAAAUGUCAUGAAUCACAAAAAAAUUAAAAAAAAAAAAAUCCACGUUAAAGACAAAAGUCCUCGAUAUUAUACGUGCAGAUGAAUCUGUAAUGUUUGGGUCCCACGUGUGCCUCCGUAUGCCUUCCUCCGUCAUUGUAAGAUUUUAAAAUUCCAAACCAAAACCACGUGCUUUUCACGGUCACUUAUAUAUAUUCUCUCUCGACACUUUGGCUCAACAUCCACUCCAUUUUAAAAGCUUGUAAACAUGGCACUUGUUCGAGAUCGUGGGCAGUUAAAACUGGGCCUCAGGUUACCCGAACGGCGGCCCCGGUUCCCUCCCACCGCCACCACCACCACAACCACCACCACCACAACCGAAUACGAGACGGUUCAAGUUCUCGGACACGGAAACGGCGGCACCGUCUACAAAGUGGUUCACAAGAAAACAUUGGAUGUUUUCGCGCUCAAGGUGGUCCACGCCGACAGCGAUCCAAUGAUGCGCCGUCAGAUCUUUCGUGAGAUGGAGAUUCUCCGGCGAGCAGAUUCCCCCUUCGUGGUUAAAUGUCAUGAGAUAUUUGAAAAGCCUGAUGGGGAUAUUGCCAUAUUGAUGGAAUACAUGGACGCCGGAACCCUAGACUCCUUUUCUAAAAACGGUGGGGUGUUUACGGAGCAAACACUCGCCAACGUGGCGCGUCAGAUUCUCAAUGGGCUUAACUAUCUGCAUGCGCAUAAAAUCAUUCAUAGGGACAUCAAACCAGCAAAUCUUCUGGUGAAUAAAAACAUGGAGGUGAAAAUAGCUGAUUUCGGAGUGAGUAAGAUUAUGUGCCGGACGCUGGACGCCUGCAAUUCGUACGUGGGUACGUGCGCCUACAUGAGUCCGGAACGCUUUGAUCCGGAUAGCUACGGUGCAAAUUAUAACGGUUACUCGGGUGAUAUAUGGAGUUUAGGGUUAACGAUAUUGGAACUGUAUAUGGGUCAUUUCCCGUUGCUGGCAAGCGGUCAGAAACCCGACUGGGCGACGCUCAUGUGUGCGAUAUGUUUCGGUGAACCCCCGAGUUUGCCGGAAGGAGUUUCGGAUGAGUUUCGAAGCUUUAUUGAGUGUUGUUUGGAUAAAGAUUCCGGGAAGAGAUGGACGGCUUCCCAGUUACUUUCGCAUCCUUUCUGUAGUAGUAGUAGUAGUAGACAAUAACAAGUUAACAGCAACUACUCUUUGUAGUUUUUGGAAUUUAAUGUAUAUUCUUAAUUUUUCUUUCUUGUGGAAAUCAAUUUCAAAACUGAAAUUAAGAUGAUAAAUUGAUGAUAA